AUGGCCUUUCUGUGUCUGGCGUUGCUCAGUCGCUUUGUGCAUCCCAAGACCUGGGGCUGGGGCGUGCUGGUCUUCUAUGUGCUGAUGGGCAUUGGAAGGGCCGUCUAUGAGAGCACCAACAAAGCCAUCUUCGCCGAUUUCUUCCCUGGGGAGAAGAGUGCAGGUGCCUUUGCCAACGUCUUUGUCUUUGGCACCAGCGCCUCCACCUUGGCUUUCGCCUUUGGGGCCAGCAACCAGGAUACCGAAGAGUUGGUCCUGCUGAUCACCUUUGCCGUUUUGACCGUGCCAGGCUACCUCCUGGCGUCGCUCAUGAAGCGUCGGGAGGAUGCUUCCCAGGCGGCAGACUCGAAAGAUGCAUCUGUGUCCGUGUAA